GCCUCCUGGGAGUGGUGGUUCUGCGGCGCCCCAUACCUGCCUUCCUUGCGGGCGGAGGAACUACAACUCCCAGGGAGAGCCGGAAGCAGCCUGGGGAAAGGAGGGGUUGUUCCAGCUUUGGCCGAGGUCCGGGCCUGAACCUGGAAAAUGCUGCCGGCGCGCCAGGAGAGGUCCUCCUCCAGGAAGAGGACCGGGCUGAGUCGCUGGAAACAGUUUACAAGGAAGCCGAGUCCCAAGCCUACUUUUGACGCUGACAAUGUGGAACACUGGAUUAAGAGAGUGGAGAAAGCCUCAGAAUUUGCAGUUUCAAAAGCAUUUUCUGCUGGAAAUUCAGACUUACCCGGAAAGCUUUGGGGCCAAAUCAUAGAUUUGGAAACAUCUGAGCCAACAGAGGAUCAUGAUGAAGUCUAUGCAGAAGCUCAGGAGCUGGUCAAUGACUGGUUAGACACCAAACUUAAGCAAGAACUAGCAAGUGAUGGGGAAGGUGAUGCUGAAGACGCUAUGUCGAGUAUCCCUCCUGUGCCAGAAGCCAAUGGUCAUUUGAAAUAUGACAAGUUUGAUGAUUUAUGUGGCUAUUUGGAGGAAGAAGAAGAAAGUACCACCGUUCAAAAAUUUAUAGACCAUCUGCUCCAUAAAGAUGUGGUGGCUUCUGGGAUGUUGGAAGAUCUUGGAAUGAAUGGAAACCUAGACAAGAAACAGCAGAAGGAUCCUCGUCUUACCAUGGAGAUGAGACAUAAGCAGGUAAAAGAAAAUCGCUUAAGACGUGAGAGAGAACUGGAGCGCCAGAGAAUUGAAAAGACCCUGAAAAAAUCGGCCUUCCUAGAGGCUCAGUAUCUGGUGCAAGAAGAGAAGAAAAGGAAGGCUCUGGAGGCCAAGAGGGAGGAAGAGGAGAUUCAAAGGGAGAUGGUAAAGCUGCGGAGGGAGAUCAUUGACAGGAGACGCACAGUGGAAGAAGCAUGGAAAACAGAGAAGAAAAAGCAAGAAGAAAAUUCUCAAAAAAAUCUGGAAAAAGGCAUGUUUCAAAGUGUUCAUAUUCUUCAGGAUGAAGAAAAAAUGGCAAAGGAAAGAAAGAAGAAACUGAAAGAGUUAUUAAUCCAAACUUACAAGGAAGAUCACCAGUGUCAAAAACGGUAUUUCUCUGCCUGGCACAAGCUGAUUCUUGAUCACAGGAUUAAGCUGGGGAAAGCUGGGACCCUGUCCGACUGGAAGCUUCAACUAAAGGUUCUGCGGGCCUGGAGAGACUACACAAGAUCCCGGAAGUUGGAGCGGGAGACACAAGCCAUGGAAAAUGACCUCAGGGAAGAAAACAGAAAACAACAACUGGCCACUGAGUAUAACCAGAAACAAGUUCUCCGACACUGCUUUACGGAAUGGCAGCAUUGGCAUCGUGCAGAGAUCCUAAAGAGAGAGCUGGCUCUGACAAAGGAGGAAACUAGGAAGAAAAUCAAUGAGGUGCUGAAUGCGGCAUCGCUAGGGAAACUCAGUGCAAACAGGUCAUCAGGCAUCAGUCUACCUGAGGAGGCACCAGCCGUGGUGGAUCCACCUGCAAAAAAUGGAGAGGUGACUGCCGUGCCCGCUUUGUGGGAAAAGCUUCCCUCAGGCAGCAGUGGUUUUAUGCCCAGCCCCCACCUAGGAAGACGAACAAAGAGCAACUUGCAGGUUCCCCUCCAGAAUGUCCCUCUGAACACAUCUGACAAUAAGCAGCAUAAAACCCUGAAUGUGGAACCCUCCGAACAACCUGGCAGCAACAAGAAGCUCAGAACUACCAGCCGGAAAGCAGCACCCAUUUGCUUGGGUCAUUUCCACACCCGCCAUGUCUUCCAGCAACAGCUGAUUGAAAGGCAAAAGAAGAAACUUCAGGAACAGCAGAAAACAAUUCUGGAGCUAAAGAAAAACCAGCGGCUAGUGGAGGCUCGGUUGAUAGCAGAACGUGCCGCAGCAGUCACGGAUGCACAGAGCCGCCAGCUGUCAAACCCCAGAGAAGAAGAACCAAAAAGAACCUGCCAGGUGCUUCCAAAUUCGCCUGUUGCUUCCUCUGGGACUGAAGGUAGUAGAAGUGACUCCCGAAAUUCUCUUUCUGGACCCAGAAGGAACCCAAGGCAGCUGAUGACACCCCAUCCCAUCCUAAAAGCCAUGGAAGAAAGAGCAGUUCAGCGAGCUGAACGUAGGCGCAUCUUGACAGAGAGGAAGAAAAAACAAGAAGAAGAGAAAUUGGCCCAGUUAAAGGCCCAAGAGGAGGAGCGUCAGAAGAGGGAGGCAGAAGAAAAGGAGGCUCAGCUUGAGAAAAAACGAGAAGAGAAGAGACUGAAGAAACUGAAGGAACUAGAGAAGCAGAAGAGAAUUAAGAGGAACCAGCAGCUGGAAGCAAUAGCCAAAGAACAUUAUGAAAGGAUCUUGCUAAGAAAAAAAGGUCUGGAGCCUUGGAAGAGGUUGAGAAUGCAAAGCAAGCAAAACAUCCAGGUGGCCGAAGAACAUCACUCUUUGGCCCUACAGAGGAAAUGCCUGCUGACCUGGUUCCGGUUUAGUCAGGAAAGCCUGGCUAGGAAGACGGCCCAGGCUGAUCAACUUUAUUCCCAAAUGUUGCUUAGGAGAGUCAUCCGGAGCUGGGUGCAGUACCUGACCGAUCUGGCGGAAGAAGUACAAAAACUAUGGGUACAUUUUCUUCAGAAGAAGAUUUUCAGGGCCUGGUUUAACCUGGUCAAGGAGGCCAAGAUGGAUGCUCAGAGCAAGCACGAGACUGCAGUGGAGCACAGUGACAGGAGGAUUCUCCGGAUCACAUUUCAGACAUGGAAGAAGUUUGUAAAAUUUAUGAAAGAGGAAAGAGUCAAAGAAGAAAGGCGAGAGCAACUCCGGAGGAAGGUAGCUGAAAUUCUUCCAGACUUCCAGCUGCUCGCCCCACCGUGACUCAGUCGUACCAGCAGUCAUAUACUCGGCCCUUGUGUAAGAGGAGUCCUGGGUGUGCAGUGAGCACAGACCAGUGCAGUGUGUAUGAUGGGACUCUCGAUUGGUCCAUAAUAUGUGUGUUAUCUCCACCCACCUAGACGUGCAUAUCCCUGGUUUAUGUUCUGUCGUAUACUUCUUGGAUCAAAGGAAUUAUUUGGAGAAUUUGUACUUCCUUUUUUGAUUUCUCUUGGAUUGCUGCUCAGUUCACUAGAGCAUUUAUCACAGCGGGAUCAUCCAAAGGAACAGUCUAGAGCUCUACUGUUCCAGUGUAUCCUAUGUAUUUUUAGCCUCGUAAACUUUAAAAAGGACAAGUGUUUGCUUGCCUGAGGCUGUGAAGGAAAAUAUGUGUCCUCAGAGCUCAAUGUGCAUUGCUGACAAAUGUAACUUUAAUCAAAUAGAAAUGAAAAGUAGUGAGUACUUACAAAAGGAGUCCUAAGUGGUCAGUCUUCUAGUCCCUCAGC